AUGCGGGAUGAUGAACAAGUAGUGAAGAGAUCAUUAAAUGAUCCUCUGAUAAAUUCAAAUCGUGUUGCUGCUGGAUUAACUAAUCCAGGACGAAACUCGAAUGAACUUUAUGGUCCUCAUGGGAUUUUUGUCGAUGUGAACUUAGAUUUAUAUGUGGCAGAUGGUAGAAAUAAUCGUGUUCAGUUAUUCAAGUCUGGAGAAUCAAAUGGUAUCACAGUAGCUGGAUAUACAUCACUAAAUCCAACAAUUACACUUGAUUCCCCAAGUGGAAUUAUAUUGGAUGCUGAGAAGUACUUAUUCAUUGUGGAUCAAUUCAAUAGUCGCAUUGUUGGUUCAGGCUUGAAUGGUUUUCGAUGUUUAGUUGGGUGUCAUGGAUUGGGUUCA